AUGUUGCGCUUGAGUGUAUGCAAUGCAGCGCGGUCGCAGCGAAUUCUUCCCUAUGCGGGUUAUAUGAUUCCUCGCACUAAUUUCUGCGCCAAAUCAGUGCCAGUCGUGAUAUCAAGAAGCGAGUUUUCAAACUCCCGUGACAGCUGCCGACCGACCUUGUCACUGGCCCUGACGCUGCCGCAAUAUUCGCCGCUUCUUGUCCGCACACAAGUUCGAAGCUUUGCUGCAGUACCGACGAAGCCUUCAACGACUAAUACAGUUGCCACUCCCACACCUGCUGAAACUGCUGCGCUGAAAAAGAAGAUCGCAGCCGCCAGACGCCGUCGCAGCAAGAUCCGCGUGCUAGAGGAAAAGCUUGAAUCUGCGCUCGAGAAAGGUGGUGAGCGUCGUAUGAUUCGUGUGCAGGACGUAGAGAAAGAGUUGCCAAAGGUUCCAGAGCGCGCUGUUUCACUGCUGAAGCGGACACCACAGCUCGCCGUACAAGGCGUUAAGGCUGUUGCUCGUGCUCUUCAAAUUCUCUUUACGGACCCAGCCGCAGUCAAAGAGUGGCUUGUCAAAAUGAAGGAAAAGGUUAAACAUGAGGUAGACCACUAUUGGCUUGGCACGAAGUUGCUGUACGCUGAUGUGUCCACGUCCACACGUAUCCUGCGUCGUUUGCUUAAGGGUAACGCACUAUCUCGUCGGGAACGCAAGCAAUUGCAACGUACAGUAGCUGAUCUGCUUCGUCUAGUACCAUUCGCAUUCUUCGUGGUUGUGCCAUUUAUGGAAUUGCUGUUGCCAGUGGCACUUAAGGUGUUUCCAAACAUGCUGCCGAGUACAUACAAGGACUCGUACCAGCGCGAGGAAGAUAUGAAGCGUCAGCUGCAGUUGCGCGUGGCAUUGGCAGGUUUUCUACAGGACACAGUGAAGGAGAUAAUGCAGGAUACACGCGAUACUGAAGGUGUGUCGGAGGAGCGCAAGGCGACGGCUAGCGAAGUCAUGAACUUUAUUGAGCGAGCGCAACGUGGGGAGCCCUUGACGUCGGACGAGACACUGCAGGUUGCGCAGUUAUUUAACGAUGAACUCAUGCUCGACAACAUUUCGCGACCGCAGCUUGUUGGCAUGUGUCGAUUCAUGGGUGUGCAACAUUAUGGAAAUGAUAAUCUGCUGCGUUUUCAACUACGAAAUCGAAUUCGUCAGCUAAAAAAAGAUGAUCAAGAUAUCAUAUGGGAAGGAUUGGACUCGUUGGAUAAGGAGGAGUUGCAGAUGGCGUGCAUGGAACGCGGGAUGCGUGCGACAGGCUUGACCAAGGCCGGUUACGUGCGUCAAAUGCGCCAGUGGCUCGACUUGUCGAUCAACAAAAACGUUCCAGCGUCAUUGCUCAUCAUGUCGAGGGCGCUUAAUAUUACUGCCACGGACAAUUUGGAACAAGCACUUGCCACGUCCAUGUCUUCAAUGGAUGAUGAAGUUGUCACGGAGGUUGCACUGGCAGCCAAAGCAUAUGCAGAGGGAGAAACGGCCGAGAUGCGCAAGCUUAAGCUUGACAGCAUUCGCUACCAAAAUGAAAUGAUUGCGGAUGAAGAGAAGUUUCGUGAUGAAGCUCAAAAGAAGGAGAGUGAGGCACAGAAGCAGGCUGAAAGCGAGGUAACAAAAACGGAAGUGCAAACCGAAGUAGAACAGGUAAUUGCCGACGUGAUAAUGGAGAAAGCUAAGUCCCAAGCAACAACAGCUACCGCUGCUACGACUUCAGUCGCAGCGACUGAGACAAAGCUCGAGGAGGAGACUCCUGUAGUGCCAAAAUCAAUCGAAAAUAUUGUGAGUCUGGAGGAGCUGAGUGCUUUGGAGUCCCUUGCGUUUAAAUCACUCGUCGAAAAAGAGCGCCAGACGGUAAGCCAGCUUAAACAAAACAAGUAUGACAUGGACGUGGAAAAACUGUUGGCUGCUGGUCGUAUUGGUGCACAAACCGCGGAGAACAAAACUGCCGGGCGUAUGAUGAAGAAAUUAGAAUCGAUGCUAUCGAAUCUGGAGGUGGAGAUUGAGGAGGUUGACCGUCACGUUGGAGACCGCUUGAACAUUUUGGACCGCGAUAGCGAUGGUGUGUUGUCGGCCGAGGAGCUGCGUGAUGCGGUAAUGACGAUUUUGCGCAAAGCAAACAAUCAGGAAGAUGUGGAAUGGGUCAUUUCACACAUCGAUGAAGACAAUGAUGGCAAAAUCGCAUUAGAAGAGCUUGUGGCUUGGAUUGCAAAAUGCCGCGAAAGUCUGGAGGCUACGGGACGCAUUGCACUACAAGAGCCAUCGGACACAAGCGCCGAAGGUGCUGCUGCAGCUGAAUCCGAAAAGACAAAGAUCGAAAGAGCUGAGAAGGCGAAAGUCAAGCGAACAAAUAGCCGGAAGAAGAAAGAAAAGGAACAGUAA